AUGGCUACUGCAAAGGCUCUACUCUUUCUCUUAUCAUCCCUUCUUUUGGUUACCAUUCAUCAGGUUUCUUCCUCACAAGUGAUCAAGCCACAGGUGCCCACUUAUGGAGGAGCUCCACAAAUGGCUCCUAUUUAUCCUCCAUCUAUCCCUGUCGACCCUGCAGUCAUCCCCAGAAGGUGUGCCGCAAUGUGCGUGGCCUAUUGCGACAUAAAGAUGCCCGGAAUGAAGAGGGAUUGCCAGAGGGUUUGCUCCGCUUGCUGCGCCAAGUGCAACUGUAUUCCACUCCCUGGCGCAAAGCCCUGCAACGGGACAUGGGAUAAAGUUAUUUACCAUAAGAUUGAGGUUGCAUGCCCUUAA